AUGGAGAAUAUGGCGGAGGAGGAGCUGCUAUGCCUGGAGAAGGAGGAGGUGGAGGUGGCCCAGGUCCAGGUCCCGACCCCGGCCCCGGACUCGGCUCGGGUCCCAGCUCCGGCCCCGGAUUCGGCUCUGGACUCGGCUCCGACUCCGGCCUCGGCUCCAGCCCCAGCCCCUGCCCUGGCCCAGGCUCCGGCCCUGUCCCCGUCCCUAGCGUCUGCCCCUGAGGAGGCUGAAAGCAAGAGACACUUCUCAAUUCAAAGGCAACUCGCUGAUCUAGAGAAAUUAGCUUUCAUAACUGAAGGGGAUUUUGACUCUGCCAAUUCAUUGAACUCAGAUAAUCUUGAUGCAGGAAACAAGCAGGCUUGUCCUUUGUGCCCUAAGGAAAAAUUCAGAGCCUGUAAUAGCCAUAAGCUUCGUCGUCACCUUCAGAAUUUACACUGGAAAGUCUCAGUUGAAUUUGAAGUCACUAAAAACAAUAAAAUAUCCAGUAAAAUGGGCGCCCAUUAUCAUUGUAUCAUUUGUUCAGCAACAAUCACCAGAAGGACUGAUAUGCUAGGACAUGUUAGGCGCCAUGUGAAUAAAGGAGAGACUAAAUCCAGGUAUACUGCUGGAAUAAUGGGAUUACAGUGGGCAAAACAUCUUGGAAAUGCUGUCAAAGUUACAAUCAAUGACUUGAAUGAAAACUCUGUGACAUUGAUUCAGGAAAACUGCCAUUUAAACAAAUUGAAAGUGGUGAUGGACAGUAAAGAAAAGGAAAAGAAUGAUGAUAUUCUUGAAGAAGGAGAAGAAAACCUUGGUAAUAUUAAGGUGACCAAAAUGGAUGCCAAUGUGCUGAUGCAUUUGCGAUCUUUUGAUUUCAUACAUCUAGACCCUUUUGGCACGUCGGUGAACUAUCUAGAUUCUGCAUUCAGAAAUAUAAGAAACCUUGGCAUAGUGUCAGUGACUUCUACAGACAUCAGUUCUUUGUAUGCCAAGGCGCAGCAUGUCGCCCGGCGUCACUACGGAUGUAACAUUGUCCGGACUGAAUAUUACAAGGAACUAGCAGCCCGAAUUGUCGUGGCCGCAGUGGCAAGGUCAAGUUCCCUUUUCAAUACUGGAUUCCUCAAAAGAAUGCUAUUUGAAUCUCUUCAGCAUGGUUUAGAUGACAUUCAGACCCUAAUAAAGACGUUGAUCUUUGAAUCAGAGUGCACUCCUCAAAGUCAGUUUUCAAUUCAUGCGCCUUCAAAUCUCAACAAGCAAGGAAAGAGAAAAAGUAAUGAAAUGAUUACAACUUUAGCCAAGAAGCAGAAGACUGAUGUCAGCACUGAACAUCCUCCCUUUUAUUAUAACAUCCACAGACACAGCAUUAAAGGAAUGAAUAUGCCAAAGUUAAAAAAGUUUUUGUGCUAUCUGUCUCAAGCAGGCUUUCGAGUAAGCCGAACUCAUUUUGACCCAAUGGGUGUUCGUACAGAUGCACCUCUAAUGCAGUUCAAAUCUAUCCUCUUAAAGUACAGCACCCCCACCUACACUGGAGGACAGUCAGAGGGCCACGUCCAGUCAGCUGCCGAAGACACAGUAACUGACAGGGUUGAAAUGUCAGUGAAUGACAAAGCAGAAGCAAGUGGCUGCAGAAGAUGGUAAAUGUAGAAAAUGUGUUCUCAGGUGUCUGUAUAGAUGGCCUAAUCAUUCUCUACACCAACUCUAGUUCUUUUUCUAUUCUUUCAAUUCAGUGGUGUAAAAAUAAAAAGCAGUAUUGUUUUCAUUCA